AAAGCAGUGAGAUGAGUUCUAGUCGUCCCAUCAUAGUGCGAGCUACGAGUGUGCACGUUAAUGAGUGACUACGCUGUCAGCCAGUAUAGCGGACUUCUCUUCUGGUAUUUGGAUCGUGACCACGGCAUUGUUGUUGGAAAUCUCUUCGGCUUUGGUUAAAUCUGUCAAGUCCCCGGUAAAUGUGGUUAUUUUGUGACUACGCGUGUUAACGGCUUUGUCUUCGGCCCCCACCGUACACAUCAGAUUCAAAACUUCGAAGUGUCGCAUCGGGGACACUGUUUUACUGACGGCGCGUGGGAGACAUCGACUUUGAGUUGGGUGACGCGAUAGCCUGAUAAGAGCUGCGCCAAGCGGAGUUCACGGCGGAUGGAGAUGAAUGGUUUCAAAAUCGUAGUAUAAUGAAUAAGCUUAUACUUAGAACAAAUAACAUGGAAACUAUUGUUCCUGCCUGUGAUAUCGUUGUUUCGGACCUCAUUGAAAGAUGGCGCUCAAGUUGUGGAAAAGAAUUGCCUGCUCUGGACGAUGAGCUGUAUUUGUGGUCUUUAGAAGUGAUGGUGUCCAUUCUCGUGGGACCGAAGUACCGAGAGCACCGGGCGGAGUUGGUGCCCGCCAUGAAGCACAUUUCGUCAGUGGUGCGCGCCAUCUUCGAGCACACGUCGCGCCUGUCGUUGCUGCCUCCGCAGCUGGCCUACGCCCUGGGCCUCGCGCCCUGGAAGGACUUCGAGGCGGCGGUGGACGAAACUCUCGCUUCAGCCAAUGCUUUUGUCGAAAAUUUACUGUCUCUGAGGCACUUAAAUGGAAGUGGACUACUGAGUAGAAUGUUGGCUGAAGGACUAGAUCUCAAAAUUAUACAACGAAUAGUAGCUGAUUUCAUAUUAGCUGCUGGAGAUACAACAGUAUACACACUUCAGUGGGCACUGUACGAGUUGGCACGAAAUCCCCAACUUCAGGAUGAACUAUACGAACAAUCUUUACUUGUCAACAGUGCCAAAGAACUGUCAGAGUUACCCCUUGCAAAAUGGACAUUGCGAGAAACAUUAAGACUGUAUCCAGUGGCUAUAUUUCUAUCACGGUACUUACCUGAAGAAUGUGAGCUGGCUGGCUAUAAAAUAGAUGCAGGGACGCUGGUGAUACUGUCCCUGUACACUAGUGGGCGGGACGAAAAGAAUUUCGCCGAGGCGGAGAGGUUCUGGCCCGCGCGGUGGGCGCGGGACGGGUCCGGGGCGUACGCGGGCGUGGCGGCGCCCUUCGCGUCCAUCCCGUUCGCGCUGGGCAGCCGCUCCUGCAUCGGCCGGCGCGUCGCCGAGGCGCAGCUCACGCUCACCAUCGCCCAGCUUAUGAAGAAUUUCAGAAUGGAGAUUGUGAACACUAAUCCCAUUGAACUCACUCUUCGGAUGAUCGCAGUUCCUUCCGAGCCCCUUCAGCUGAAGUUGACGAGCAGAUAACACUGUGAUUUUUGAGUUAUGGACGAAAAAGUUUUUUGCUAUUAAUUAUGUAAGAAAUGCGUAAGAUAAGAUAAAGUGAUGGAUUAAGAUAAGGUUUUUAAAAUAACUGUAUAUCAGGUAAAAUAAGGAAGUUAAUCUUCAUAAGGUUCUUCAGUGGGUGAAACAUAACAGAUGAAAUACAAUAAUUCACUUAUUUUAUCUCAUGAACAGUUUUAUAACUGCCUUCGUAUUUUCCACUCAGAACUAAAUAUUAUUUAUGCAAAUGUACAAGACAACCUGUUGUUAUCUACAGUUGAAGAAGAAUUGAACUUCAGAUACUUAACUACCAGCUGUUAAGCACUUCGAAGACUGACAGAAAGCCAUUAGCUUCAUUUAAGUACAACAAUAAUUAUUAUAAGAAUACAUUUCAAUAGUUGCAAUGCAAUAAAAAGCAAUUUGCCAUUCAUUAUUAUGAUACCAAUAAUUAUAUAAAUAUUUAUAUUUUCCAUUUUAUUUCACUACAUAAUAGUACAAUAAAUGUGUAAUUUCUGACAAAUUAUUUUGUAUAUAAUUGGAUUUAUGAUGUAUUAUAAAUAAUUAUAAUAAAAAGUGAUUUGUUGAUUACUGAAAUCAUAUGCUUGUAAAAUUGUAUAUCUUGCAUUAAAAUAAAAUUGCCAAAUAAUAC